GUUCACUCUUCGAGCUCGCCGUCGCCGUCAACGAGCAGCGCUCAAAAGGGACGCCGAUGUCCCCCCUAAUACUUCGCAUUGGCUGUCGUACACUGCACACAAGCAGGCCCACCUUGCUGCGAAAUAUCUCCAACCUCGGCGCUGUACCCAAGCCCGCCGUACCCUUCACCGUCCCCGCCCACCCUGCCAUUCGAGCAUCAUCGCCCUCUCGUAUCCUCAGCCUAUUCCGCCCCAGUCCCAAGCUGAGAUUCUUCGCAACUUCAUUCCCUCUCGGUGUUCGCCCGCUGCCAGAAGCAUACUUCACCGUCACUCGAGGACUAGCGACCGUUGCCCGUACUCACCCGUCCCAGCCCCCGCCUCCCUCCAGUCCCAGUCCCAGUCCCAGUCCCAGUUCCAAUUCAUCAAAUCCAACUCCCUCAGCAGAGCAAGUGGAAGAAGAAGUGAGUCCCCCCCUCCAGCCGCUCUCCCCCGCUUCCGUAGGCUACUGGCUCUUCCUCCUCGCCGCUCUCUCGUUUAGCAUCAUCACCGUUGGAGGGGUGACGAGGCUCACUGAAUCCGGGCUGUCAAUCACGGAAUGGAGGCCUGUGACGGGUACACUCCCGCCUAUGAGUGAUGAAGCGUGGGAUGAGGAGUUUAGGAAAUAUCGGUCCACUCCGGAGUACAAGAUGCUCAACACCAACAUCACCCUCGAAGCGUUCAAGCGUAUCUAUUAUAUGGAGUACUCUCACCGUCUUCUAGGCCGGUUCAUCGGUCUCGUCCUGCUCGUACCCUUCGGCUACUACCUGGCACGACACAAGCUCACCCCGGGCCUCCCGAGCAAGCUUCUCGCCCUGACUGUGCUGCUCGGCGCCCAGGGCGCACUGGGCUGGUACAUGGUUGCCUCAGGGCUGGAGGACGAGAUCCUCCAUACGCCAGGAGCCGUACCCCGCGUAAGCCAGUACAGGCUGGCCGCGCACUUGGGAGCAGCGCUGGUAUUCUACGCCGGGCUGGUGUUGAUGGGGCUCUCGGUGCUCCGGGACGCUGCGUAUGUCAAAGGGAAAGGGUGGCGUGCAGACGGAGGGUGGGAACGCGCUUGGGCUGCAGCGCCAGCCCAGAUGCGCCAGUUCCGCCUGGCGACAUACGCCGUUGCUGCGCUGGUGUUCGUCACCGCCCUCAGCGGGGCGUUCGUCGCCGGCCUAGACGCGGGGCUGAUAUACAACGAAUUCCCUCUCAUGGGAGGUCGGCUUAUCCCUCCUGGGGAAGAGCUCGUCCGGCCCGAAUUCAGCCAAGUGAGGAUCAAGCAUACUCGGAAGGACAGCAACGGCGCCCAGAGCGUCCACAUCGAAGAGCUAGACCAGCCAUGGAGGAACAUAUUCGAGAACCCGACAACGGUGCAGUUCGACCACCGGGCGCUGGCUGUCACGGCCUAUGUCGCUGUAGGGGCACUGCAUUUCCUCGCGCUGAGGUUUAGGAAGGUGCUGCCUCUGCAUGCACGGAGGCUGGCGGGUUGGAGCUUCGGGUUCGCGAAUUUGCAGGUUGCGCUGGGGAUUAGCACGCUGAUCUACCUCGUACCUGUCGAGCUGGCGGCUGCGCAUCAAGCUGGGAGUGUGUGCUUGUUGACGGCGCUCUUGGCGCUGAUGGCCGUAUUACGCAGACCGGGGAAGUGGGGGAUCCUUUGGCGGGAAGCGGUCAAGCGUGGGCAGGUGAGGCGUUGACCGCUGUGUACGGAAGGAGGGGGAAUGGGGCCUCUGGAUGGGCUGGAAAGUUGGAGACGAAAAAGAAAUUGGUGCCACCACUCACUGUACUAUACACCAUGGGCAGACGUAAUACACUUGGUUUCGC